UCACUCACUUUAGUCUCUCUCUAGGCACUUGGCUACAACGCCUAUCAGUGACUUUUAACUAUUCAAUUUGAUCCCUUAAAAGCUGUACGUGCUUCGGCUUUUACCGUUGCCUUGUUUCUUUGUUUAACUGAAUCCUAGGAUCAGACUGAGAUGUCUGAUCGGAAAACUGGGUUAAUGGCAGACCAACUAUCAAACACAACCUCAAUUUUUGGUUUACGAUUAUGGGUAGUUGUUGGAGUUUGUGUAGGAGCAGCUUUUGUUCUCCUUCUUUUCCUCAUUUCUCUCUGGCUUGCUUCAAAACGAACUAAACACAAACCUUCUUCAAAACCAAAAAUCCCAGCUGUUUCCAAAGAGAUCCAGGAGAUCAAAAUCGACCCUCCAAAGCCUCACAGGACUCAAAUCCAAGCUGACCCUUAUCCUGACCCUGACCCAAGUACAGGCAUCGAAAGGCAGGCCUUGCUUCUGCCUCUGGAAGAGGAGAGUCCGACUGGUUACCAUGGAAUCCACAUAGAAAUUGGGAAAGAUCAUAGGAUUUCCUAUCCGGGGUUGUCUCCACAUACAAGUGGUGAGGCACGUGGCGAUUACGUGGCAGGAGUUGGGCCUGAAGUUUCACAUUUGGGAUGGGGGCAUUGGUAUACUUUGAGGGAGCUUGAGGUUUCAACAAAUGGAUUCGCUCAUGAAAAAAUAAUAGGUGAGGGUGGGUAUGGGAUUGUUUACCAUGGUGUUUUGGAGGAUAAUGCUCAGGUUGCUGUUAAGAACUUGCUCAAUAACAGAGGACAAGCUGAGAAGGAGUUUAAAGUUGAAGUAGAGGCAAUUGGACGAGUUAGGCAUAAGAAUUUAGUAAGGUUGCUCGGUUACUGUGCUGAAGGAGCUCACAGGAUGCUGGUAUACGAUUAUGUAAAUAAUGGAAAUUUAGAGCAGUGGCUUCAUGGGGAUGUUGGGCCUUGCAGUCCUCUUACUUGGGAAAUUCGAAUGAAUAUAAUCCUGGGAACAGCCAAAGGGUUAACUUACCUUCAUGAGGGACUUGAACCUAAAGUUGUUCACCGUGAUAUUAAAUCAAGCAACAUCCUACUUGACAAGCAGUGGAACCCCAAGGUUUCAGAUUUUGGCCUUGCCAAGCUCUUGGGCUCUGACAGCAGCUACAUUACAACCCGAGUCAUGGGAACAUUUGGCUAUGUAGCUCCUGAAUAUGCUAGCACAGGCAUGUUGAAUGAAAGAAGUGAUGUGUAUAGUUUUGGGAUUCUUAUUAUGGAAAUUAUAUCUGGGAGGAAUCCAGUUGAUUAUGGCCGGCCUCCAGAAGAGGUCAACUUAAUAGAGUGGCUUAAGAAGAUGGUUGCUAACAGGAAUCCAGAGGGAGUAUUGGAUCCCAAGCUACCUGAGAAGCCUGCUUCAAGAGCAUUGAAGCGAGCUCUACUUAUAGCUUUACGUUGUGUAGACCCAAAUGCACAAAAGCGACCUAAGAUGGGCCAUGUUGUACAUAUGCUUGAAGCUGAAGAAUCCCCGUUCAAAGAUGAUUGUAGAGCUGGAAAGGAUGCAGGACAGGCAUGUCGUGACAGUCCAAAGAAAGCGUUGAUAGAGAAAAGGGUGAUAGAGUCAGGUGGCUAUGAAGGUGCAAUACCUCCUAACGAUGCAUGAUGAUAAGUUGGUGAUAUCAGGAAUGUGAAGAAGAAAAGCACUGAAUAUGCUGAAAUGUGCUGAAAUUGUUUGAGGUGAAUUACACAUUCUAAGUUGCUUGUUCUACGUUUAGAAAUGCCAAUUUACAUGAUCCAUUUUUUUCUUCCUUUUUUUUGGAUAUUUCUCCUUUAGUUUGUUGCCUCGUCGAAGGUGUCUAUUCUAAAUUGCAGAUAUGAUAUGCCUUUAAAAAGAAGGUCCAAAUCAAGUUAUUUCAUCAAUUUGUUUUCUAGGAGAGGCAUUGAACUUUAAGUUUUGUCAUGUGAUCCAGAAUCAUUAUUGUUGCUCAACAAAUUCAUUUUCAACAAUACAUAUUCAAUUCUGGAUGAUUGUUGUCA